CUAAAAUCUAGAAAAACUUCUCUGUUUUCUGUCGAUAAAUCAUCCUUCCUACACAAAAAAACACAAAGUAUUUGGCCCUUCAGGAUACGGAGAUAACUCUUCUUUCUAACUGUCAAGUGUUAUUUGCGAUUUGAAAAAGUUUUGAGUCAAAAUAUUUUGUUUUUUUGAACCACGUGAAAGGGUUUUAGGAGAUUCCAUUCAAGAUGGGAAGUCGAAACACAAGGAACAUAGCUUCCAAUACCAACACUAAUCAAGAUAAUGAUUCACCUGAUACUGAUUCUGGUGGUGAAGAACCAGAUUUGGUUAGGGUACUAUCUCAUUUGCUAAGAAGCGGUCAUGUGCAGUUCAUCAGAGCACCCCAGUCCUUGGGUGGUGGUAUUCAUAUUGUACAAGGUGGAAGAGAUUCAGAUGAGAAUGAUGAUGAAAGUGAUGAAGAUGAUCUUUUAUUCACUGGUGCAUACAAACAAAAAGAUUUACCUAACCCACCAGAUUCAAUGAUAGACACAAGUAAGCUUGAGGAGAGUGACAUAAAGCAACAAGUAAUGAUCUCAAGUGGUCAGACACAGAACAAAAAGAGAAAUGUCUUAACACAGCUUAAAAUGAGAGAAUCAGGAAAGCUACCAAAGCAGAAAUUUUCCUACGGAAACAGAGCCCUUGCAAGUUCAAAUUAUCUGCCAAACACUGUAAAGAUAAAAGCCAAGUAUGGGCAAAAGGCAUUCUGUGGCACCUACUCCAGGGAUGGGACGGUAUUCCUUUCGGCAUGUCAAGAUGAGUACAUCCGACUAUUUGACACGACACAUGGAAGGUUCUAUAACUUCCAUAGCAUUCAUGCUCGGGAUAUUGGAUGGAGUAUCAUAGAUACUGCAUUUAGCCCUGAUCAACACUUUCUUAUCUAUUCCAGCUGGUCAGACUAUAUUCAUCUGUGUAAUAUUUACGGUGAUUGUAGCACACAUGUGGCCUUAGAUUUAAAGCCACGUUUGCGAAGAUUCUGUGCCUUCUCUAUCGCAUUCUCUGAAGAUAACGCGGAAAUAUUAGCAGGGUGCAAUGAUUCUUGUCUCUAUAUAUAUGACCGUGCUAGUGACAAGAGAACGUUGAGGAUAAGCGGUCAUGAUCGUGAUUAUGACGUCAAUGCCAUCGCCUUCGCUGAUGCCAGUUCACAGAUUCUGUUCAGUGCUGGUGAUGAUGGUUUGUGCAAGGUGUGGGAUCGUCGUACGCUGAAUGAGUCAAACCCUUCCCCUGUGGGGGUCUUUGCGGGCCAUUCUGAUGGCAUCACGUUUAUUAGUUCAAAGAACGACACGCGACAUUUAAUCACGAAUUGUAAAGACCAAACCAUCAAGCUGUGGGAUCUGAGGAAGUUCUCCAGCCAAGAAGGGAUCGAUCAAACUAAACAUGUGGUCGGGGCUCAGCGCUGGGAUUAUCGGUGGCAAAACGUGCCAAGGAAAAACCUUCGUCGCAAGUCAUUGCCUGGGGAUUCGUCGAUAAUGUCGUAUCGGGGUCAUAACGUGCGCAAUACAUUAAUCAGAUGUUACUUUUCCCCUACUCACACCACUGGUCAGCGUUACAUUUACACUGGAUGUUCAUCUGGAAGUGUUGUCAUAUAUGAUAUCUUGACGGGUAAAAUGGUGUCAAAGCUACGAGGACACGAUGCCUGUGUUCGGGAUGUUUCAUGGCAUCCAUACGAAAACAAGAUCGUCAGUUCUUCCUGGGACGGAAAGGUUGGUCUGUGGCAGUACGAGAGAGAGAUUGAAGAGCUGGAGCUGGAGGAGACGGGGCUAAACACUGCGCUGUAAACCAACCAAAUCGAAUAAAAUCACGUGAAAUCAGCCAUCUUGAAUGACAACCAAGGUGCCUGUCCUCCAAUAUGGCUGCCAUUGUGUGUUCAGCAGUACUUGAAAGGAGGAUACGGUCUGAAACAAUAUCCUAAUUCAAAACCUAGCUUUGAGUACCUCACUGUCCAAGCAUUUCGUUAUUGCUCUCUAACUAGUAAUCCGUGACGGUCUUCCUGUGUUUCCUUAGGACGUUACUCAAAUUUCCUGGGAUCGGGACUAUGUACACAGGAACCCCAAGGGAAGAACAAAUGCGAUAAUUUUAAAGGUAAAUUAAAAAAAGUUUGAUAAAACGGUUUUUAUAGAUAAUUAAAUCAAAAUGCCCAAUCAAGGACAACAUCUUUUCAAUUGAAAGAAUAUAUAUGCAAACGUUAACUAGGGUCCUCAAGGCCUGGGCAUUCGUAAUUGCGAAGAGUUGAUUCUUUUUUUGGAAAAGUUUUUUCUGUAUCUAGAUGGCAAACUUGAUUCAUACAUAUUUUAUCGGGUCCCACUUCAACUUUAUAACCAUUGUUCGAGGUUAUGACUCGUGAGUAUAUUAAGCAUGUAAAUAAAGUAAUGAUAUGUACCUUCAAAAACAAGAAUGAAUAAGCAAUAAAAGAAAAUGAAAUAUAUUUUUUUCACGAAA